AUGCGGUAUAUAGAUGCACCAGAUCUUAAGGUGCUGUCGGAGAGCAUCUCGCGCUUAUCAUGUAAUGGGCUUGUUAUCACAACACGGAUAGAGCUGUAUGGGUUUCGAGUGUCUCAGGCUACGUCUUCUGAACAAGACAGAGACGCAGAAUUUCAAAUACAGAUGGCACGAAGUUAUGGAAGCAGCGUAGAGUCCCAAUCGCCGUUUGGAUCUCUUAACUCUUCGAUUACAUCAGCAUUUACAGAAGAAAAUCUUAACAAUCCAGCUACGCGGCAGAUAUAUUUACAGGUUAUUCGGGCACUUUCUCAGGCAUAUCCUCACUUUGAUUUCACAUUGAUUCAGCCGUCUCGGUUCUUUUGGGUUCCCUAUAGCGUCUGUCAAACAGUAAUUGACAGCACAUUGAUCAGUACUCUGUCAGACUACAGCGCAAUACGUCCGUCGCUGUGGCUCGCACUAACAGAUAUUGCACCUGCCGACGCUUCCUCUGUCUACACGGUAGAUCCUUCGCCUUACUACCCAUUUGAAGACACAGAUGGAGUGUGGAGUCACAACUUCAUAUUCUACUCUGCAGAGCGCUCGACUGUUCUGCUCUUCAUAAUAAAAGCAUCUCCAGCUGAGUCCUGUGAGGAAAACAUGAGCGAGCUGAGCCUCGGAUGUGAUUUCGAUGAGCCAUAUGACGGCGAGAACUUUGAUUCAUAUCAGCACGACAUAAGCCAAAGUGAAGCCGAUGAUUUUUUCACGAAAGCAAAAAUCUUCACCCUAUAG